GCGACGAGUGCAUAUAGAUGCUAGCUAUCUCGUGGAUGCUACCUUGAUUACCAGAGAGGCAGGCUAUAUGGCAGCGUCGUCGCCACUGCCGAGAUGGGCUCCGACGCCGAGCCCCAGCGGGCCACUUUGGUCGACGUCGGCGUCCAGCAGCACAGCCGCCGCCACGGCUGAUCCAUGGUGCGGCUUGACGGCAUGCCUUUCUAGCUCCGUCUUCUUCGCGCCACUGCCCGUCGGCCCGCCGAAGAAUGAUGCUGUGGCAGGAAACUUCGAUGGCGUCGAGACCACCGCCGGCGCCCGGAGAGACGACGAGACCAAGUCUUCCUGUCCUGAGACGACGAUGUUCCUGACGUGGGAGGACUUAUCUGUGACUGCCGUUAGCGGGGGAUCAUCGUCAGAGGUCUCCUUGAUCCUGGAUGGGCUUAGCGGGCAGGCGCGCCCCGGGGAGCUGCUGGCUCUCAUGGGCCCUUCCGGCUCUGGCAAAACUACCCUGCUUGACGCCUUGGCUGGACGACUCGGACCCAACAUGAAGAGGAGAGGAGACAUUCUAAUCAAUGGUGUCCGUGACAACAAGCUUGCAUUCCGGACCUCAGCCUAUGUGACGCAAGAGAACACGCUGAUGGCGACACUGACCGUGGCUGAGGCCGUGCACUACUCGGCUCAGCUCCAGCUGCCGGACUCCAUGUCGCCCGCAGAGAAGCGGUCGCGCGCCGACAACGCUAUCCAGAACAUGGGGCUCGCCGGCGUGUCGGGGACCCGGAUCAGUGGCCGCGCGUGCAAGGGCAUCAGCGGCGGCCAGCGGAAGCGGGUCAGCAUCUGCAUGGAGCUGCUGUCGUCGCCAGCACUCAUCUUCCUCGACGAGCCCACCAGCGGACUCGACAGCGCCGCUUCGUACCAUGUCAUGAGCCGCAUCGCCGGGAUCGCCGGAAGGGAAGGGAUGACGGUCAUCGCUGCCGUGCAUCAGCCCAGCACGGAGGUUUUCGAGCUCUUCCAUGGCCUCUGCCUCUUGGCCAAGGGGAGGACGGUCUACUUCGGUCCUGCUUCAAAAGCAAUAGAGUUCUUCGAUGAUAAUGGCUUCCCAUGCCCAAUGAGGAUGAAUCCAUCCGAUCACUUCUUAAGGAUGAUAAACACAGACUUUGAGGAAUCCGAGGAAGGAUCUACUAUAAAUUUGCCACGUGCUGCCGAAGUAAUCCAAACCUUAGUCAAUUCUUCCAGCUCUCUUGGUACUUUAAGAACCAAAACGGAAGCAACAAAAACAAUUAUACAGAGUGCUUCUGUAAAGAAGAAAAAGCAAGCUUCGUUCUUGACCAAAUCAGUUAUCCUAACUAAAAGGUCAUUCAUUAACAUGCACAGAGACUUGGGAUAUUAUUGGUUGCGAUUUGCUAUCUACAUCGCCCUCUGUCUAUCCAUUGGGACCAUCUACUUCAAUAUUGGUCACACUUAUGCAUCAAUCCAAGCACGGGCAUCCAUGCUUAUGUUCACAUCAACCUUCUUGACAAUGAUGGCAAUAGGAGGAUUCCCAUCAUUUGUCGAGGAUAUGAAGAUAUUUGAGAAAGAGCGGCUCAGUGGACACUAUAGAGCUACUGAAUUUGUAAUAGCCAACACGGUCUCAUCAAUUCCAUACUUGGGCUUCAUCUCAAUACUACCUGCUGCAAUAGCAUAUUACCUAACAGGGCUUCAGAGAGGAAUAGACCACUUUGUGUACUUUGCUGCAACCAUUUGGGCAAGCAUGAUGUUGGUCGAGGGUCUAAUGAUGAUUGUUGCAGCCAUUGUGCCCGAUUUCCUCCUGGGUAUCAUCACAGGAUCUGGAGUGCAAGGGUUGCUGAUGCUAAAUGCGGGUUUCUUCAGGCUUCCAGCUGACCUCCCAAAACCAGUAUGGAAGUACCCAACCUACUUUAUAUCCUACCACAAGUAUGCAUCUCAAGGGCUGUACAAGAAUGAGUUCAUAGGUCUGGUAUUUCAAGAUCUUGCUGGUGCUAGAAGGAUCAACAUUACUGGCCAGUAUAUCUUGAAGAACAACUUACAAGUGGAGUUGGGUUACUCUAAGUGGGUGGAUCUUGCGAUAUUAUUUGCAAUGAUCGUCAUCUAUAGGGUCCUCUUUCUGGUUAUUAUAAAGGUUUCUGAGAUUGCAAAACCCAUGAAAAGAUGUCUAAUAGUUAAAGUGUAAUGGUAUAUUUUCUUUUCUGUAAAGUAUAAGGACACGUUUGCGUUUAUGUACCAGGACUGAAUGUUGACAAAUAAUCUUCUUAGGAGGAAGAAUGUUCCGAAUCCGCAUGUAGAUUGACAAAAUAUGUGAAAUUCGUUAACCCCAUUUUAAAUGCCAUGGAGUCAAUUGUCCAGUU